UCGAGCUGCCCCAGCAGAGUGUUGAGUAACCCAGUGCAAGGUGCAAUUCUGGCAGAGCUCAGCCCGGGGAGGUGGGAUUGCCACAACUGCUGGAUGAAAUGAGCUCUGGGGGAGCCUUCUCGGUGAGGAGGGGGCGGUGAGAGGUUCCCAGCUCUGUGAUUCCCCAUCCUCCAUCCCGCAGGCAGCUCUGGGAAGAGAUGGAUGUGAGGAGCACCCUGAGCUACCUGUACUGGCUCUUCUGCCAGUUCGAGCUGAUCACCUGCAGUUACCUGAUGGAGCCCUGGGAGAAGCUGCUCUUCUACUCCUUCAACCUGGCCAUGCUGGGGCUGCUGCUCUACACCACCUAUGUCUGCGUGGCUUUCCACGCCAGCUCAGCCUUCCAGCUCCUCUGCAGCUGCCUGGGAAACCCACGGGAAAAUGCUCUUGCUGUGGUGAAGUAAAGCCUCACCCUGGCUUUGGGAUCCGAGCUUUUCCUCAGCCCAUUUUUGUCCAGGAGCAGCAAACUCUGCUUUAU